GCAGUCACGUUGCCAAAGGUCUCCCACAACACAACCGUCCUUCCAGACAGACCCUAUACUGCGAAAAUGGCCGGUGUUUCUGUUAAGGAUGUGGAUGCUCAAAAGUUCAUUGCUGCCUAUGCAGCUUUCUUGAAGCGCUCUGGUAAAAUGUCCACUCCCCAAUGGAUCGACAUUGUCAAGACCGGUACCCACAAGGAGUUGGCUCCUUAUGAUCCUGACUGGUACUUUGUCCGUGCUGCCGCCAUUGCUCGUCACAUCUACCUCCGCAAGACUGUCGGUGUCGGCCGUCUCUGCAAGGUCUACGGUGGCUCUGUCAACCGUGGUAUGCGUCCCUCCCACCACCGCGACUGCUCCGGCAGUGUCCAACGCAAGGUUGUCCAAAGCUUGGAGAAGAUUGGUGUUCUCGAGAAGGCUGAGAACGGCGGUCGUCGCAUCUCCCAACAAGGACAACGUGAUUUGGACCGUAUCGCCUACUCUCUCAUUGACGAGGAGGACGAGGAGUAAAUAAAACGGGAAUAAAUUUGUUCUACGAAUA